AUGUUAUUUUUUUCUCUUUGCUUCAUAUUUCCUCUUUUAGACAAUCAACUUGCCAAAGUGAGGGCUAAGUUUGUGGUGGGGGUGAACAGUACAGUUAUUAAGCAGCUCCUGGAUGAUCUUAUACAUGAUGGCAUCGUGAAUGAGGGAGAGAAAGGCUCAAUACUUGAGGAGAACAGUACCAGGGCAGACAGAGCACGCUCCCUCAUUGACACAGUGAGGAGGAAAGGAGGUGAAGCCAGCAGGAAGUUCAUUGCUCAUCUUCAUGUCAGAGACCCUAUACUUUACAAAGACCUGGGUCUGUCUUCUGGUCAACCUGGUCAGUCAGCUGCAGAGCCCCUGAUGGAGGAGGAACGGUCAACCACAUUCAUCCCAACAAUGGCUGCAUUCUGGAGGGAGAAACAGAAGGAUAAAAGUGUUUACACUGUGACCAAGGAUUCAAUCAGGAGUCGUGUGGCCUUACUAAUCACUAACAUAGAGUUUACUGAUGAGGAAAUGAACAGAAAAGGAGCAGAGAAAGACGAGCAGAACAUGGAGAAACUGCUCACAGCACUGGGAUACGAGGUGGUGAAAUACAGGAACCUCACUGGAAAGAAGAUUAAAAAAGCUGUAAUUAAGUUCUCCGAGCAUCCAAAACUGAAAGAGACGGACAGUGUGUUUGUGGUUAUCAUGUCUCACGGGGAACGGGGAGCUGUUCUCGGUGUCGACUAUAAAAAGGAUCAACCAGUCAAAGAACAGGACAAGUUCCCCAUUGAUAACAUUUACACACACUUGGACGCAGAGCAUUGUCCAGAGCUGCUGAACAAACCCAAGAUCAUCAUCAUCCAGGCCGAAAGAGGAGAGAAAGGAGGAGCUGUGCUUGUUAGUGAUUAUCCAAACGCAGCUGUGGUCAGUGACCAAUCACUGUCUGCUGGUGAAGAAGACAUUGAGGAUUAUUGUUUGCGACGUGCACACAUAGAAAAAGACUUCAUAUGUUUUCUUUCUUGCACCCCUGAUACUCUCUCAUACAGACAUCGAGAGGAUGGGUCUCUUCUUAUCCAGUAUAUUGUUGAGGUACUGAACACCUUCGCACAUCAGGAUCACAUUGAGGAACUUUUCAGAAGAGUCAUGCAACGCUUUGAUGAGGCUUUCCCCUCUCUGUCCGAAGGGCAGAUGCCAACCAAGGACAGAUGCACUCUCCAUAAGAACUUCUACCUCUUUCCUGACCUUUGAGACAGGAUCCAGAGUUGUAACAGAUUUUGUUGCCAUGUUUCAUUCACUCAAAUGUAGUCCUUCAUUCAAAUAUUCUAGUAAUGCUUUCUGAGGUGCCACUUUGUGAUUAGAUAAAAUAUGUAUUCUAUAUUUUUAUAUAUCGAACAUUGUUUAAGACUUUGAGCACAAAGGUGUUUUAACCAUUUUUUACUUUUCAUCAUUUAAAUGAGUGUUGGUUUAGACAUUUAUCAAACAGGGACCAUAAUGGAAAUCCAUUCCAGCAUAUAGCAUAUUUAAGGUAUAACUGUUGUCAUUCCUCUUCUCAGAUCUUUUAAUUAUGUAACAAAUGUGACAUGAAUGUGACAU